CCUCGGACAUGCUCCGAGUCCUGAGAGGUGGUAAUCCGGUGAAGAAUGAAGGUGGACUGAUGGGAUAGUAUGGCAUGAAGCAGGUAGUUGUGAAUGCCUACAAGGGCGAGACAGAACAGGAUAUCCUGUAUCGAGCCUACGCAUCAAAGGGAGAAGACUGGCAUUGUCUCAUGACGAGAAAGGUGCUGAGGAAGGUCGAUAUCCACCUCCUGCCGCUGUUGAUCAUUAUGUAUUUGUUGAACUUUCUGGAUAGGAACAAUCUCUCCCAAGCGCGACUCGGUACUCUCGAGGAAGACCUAGGAAUGAAAGGAACAGACUUCAACCUGGCUACCAGUAUCCUGUUCGUGGGGUAUCUUCUCAUGCAGCUCCCGUCCAAUUUACUGUUGACCAAGGUUCGACCGUCGAUGUUUUUGGGUCUUGCUAUGGCGAUUUGGGGUGCCAUAUCUGCCUGUCAAGCAGCAGUGACGUCCUUCGCCGGACUGGUCGUUGCGAGGUUCUUCCUCGGGUUUGUCGAGGCCCCUUUCUUCCCUGGCGCUGUUAUGUUGAUGUCGAGUUGGUACACGAGACAAGAACUGAGCCAUCGCAUCGCGUGGUUCUAUGCAGGGAGCUCACUGGCGAAUGCAUUUGGAGGUCUCAUCGGUGCUGGGGUCCUGGGGAACUUGAAUGGAGCACACGGCAUAGCAGGCUGGAGGUGGCUGUUUAUCAUCGAAGGAACCAUCACGGUUGGAGUCUCAGUCAUCUCAAUAUUCCUGCUCCCCAACUAUCCUACCACAACCAAAUGGCUCGACGAAGAGGAACAGGCAUACGCACAAUGGCGACUUAUCCACGACACUGGCGAAGCCGACGAGGUAGGCUCAAACAGCAUCAAGGAAGCCCUUCUACUAGUCUUCACAGACAAGCGCAUCUACCUCUUCAUCCUCCUUCAACACUCAUCCCUCCUAUCGCAGAAUUUCCAGUAUUUCUUCCCCACAAUCGUCAAAACACUCAACUACGGCAAUAUCAAGACAUUACUCAUCACUGCCCCGGUUUGGAUUGGGACAUUCUUCGUAUCGUUGAUCGUCACCUGGACGUCUGGACGGACGAACGAUCGCGGCCUCCAUAUCAUCGCCUUGAUGCUGGUAAGCACGGUUGGAUGUAUCAUUGUGACUGCUACCACGAAUACGGGUGCGAGGUUCUUCGCGAUGUUCCUAAUGCCCAUGGGCGCUGUAUCAGCCUACCAAAUCAUCAUCGCCUGGGUCGCCAACUCCUUCCCUCGUCCGCUUGUGAAGCGCUCUGCCGCCAUCGCUACGGCAAAUAUGAUCGGAAAUACGGCCUCCAUUUAUGGGAGCUACAUGUGGCCUUCGUCAUCGGGGCCGCGGUAUGUCCCCGGUGGCAGCGCGACAGCCGUCGUGUGCAUUCUCGUGGUACUUCUGGCGGUGGUUAUUCGUUUCAUCCAUGCGAGAAUGAACAAGCGUCUAGAUGAGGAAGAAGCAUCUAUGGAGAUGGAAGAGGGAGUUGCUCGUGAUCAUACUAAUGCUGUUGCGAGGGCGGCGGGAUUCAGAUACAUCUUGUGA